GGCCAAUGGUCACCUUGGAAGGAUUCGAGCUGGUCACACUGACAAUAAAACGAGCAUUUUUGGAAAAAUUGACGGUUGGACUACGACUGAUACACAAAAUGUCCGAGGAAACACUUGCAGGAGUGCCAUCGGUGCACAUCAGCCCAGAGGGCAUCUUUAAAUACAUCCUGAUCAAUGUCACCGAUAGCGGCGAUGCCUCCAAGGCGGUGGUUCGAGGUUUCUCGGAUUGCGAGUGGCAUGCCGACAUCUUCGAUCGUGAGGAGAAGGUCUUCAAAAAGCUGGGACUUCGGGCCGAAUGUCCAGGUGGCGGACGCAUAGAGCACAAUCCCGAGAAGAAGUACCUGAAGGUGUACGGAUACUCACAGGGCUUUGGAAAAGCGGAUCACGCUCAGUCCAAACGAAUCCUGGCUACCAAAUACCCGGAUUAUACAAUCGAAAUAUCGGAUGAUGGAUAUUAGCUGUCAUCAGAUGGAGGACACAAACUCUAUAUCCUAAAAAAGAAAACUACCUAUUGGCUAUGGUCCCAUGUGCCAUGAUUUUUAUGAAAAUGGCAUUUCCAAUUUAAAAAUAUACCUUAAAAAACAGUUGUUCAGUAGCUGUGCAGCUGCUCAUACUAAACCUUUUUGGAUCUAAAUUAUUUAAAUUGUAUAAGUAUUAAACUUCUAUACCCUUUGGAGAAAUAAAAUGAAAUUGCUUAA